AUGGCGCGGGCGAUCAAAUCGGGCGCGAUCACUUAUCGAGGAUGCUCGCGUGAUUCCCGCGAAUUCAACGGCCACCGCGACUACCAGUCCGUCACCGCGGGAUACGCACCCCUGGGUGCGGGUGUCCCGGCCCGGCCCGCUUAUAGCGGUGCAGCACGCAAAUCACAUCGGCGAUUUAUCACCGCCGCCGAGAACCCCAAUAAAGCGCGGGAAUGGCCGGUGGCCGGCUACCGAGCGACUUUCCCAGGUGUAACGAGCGUCGCCGCAUGGGUCGCAGCGCCCGAUCGUGACCCCGCUUCGACGAAAUCUCUUGAGCGGCCCGACGCGACGCAAUCGCCGCUUAAGUGCCCACCUUUGUACUUUUGUACUGGUCUCGGCUGCGGCGGGAAUCUACGUCUCGCGGGC